CUCCACUGCCGUUUGACUGUCGUCUGGUGCCCGCCCCCUGGUUGCCCCCCGCUGUGAUUUCUGUUUUAUUUACAUAGGAAGAACAGUUUUGUUUUUUUCGUUCAAAGAGGAUUUUUGUCUGGGAUUUGGACUGCUUGUUUGGUUGUAUAUACGGCUGGGCGAUUUGUUUACGUCUGUCUGGGUAAAUUUGAAGAGAGCGCGUGGGCGAUUGUGUUUAGGGGACAGGGACAGGGACGAACGAGCAGGGUCUGGCACCAAACGGGCGACAGGAACUCAUUUUCCACGACACAAACGCCCUCGAAACAAGGAGAAAAGAAUCGAUUUGUACAAUAUAUCCCGACAUACGAAACAAUACUACUUUCUCGAAUUUAUCAUAUACUGGCUGAGAAAAGGCACACAUGACGCGCACAUAAUUCGCAGCGUCAUUCUCGGCCCACCGCUGCGUCAAGGAACCGUCAUUAUGGAUGAGCUAGGGGAGCUUCCUAGCGAUGUCGCGAUGAAGAAGAAGGAGACGGUGCUGCGUGAUUCUAUGGUCACGGUGCGAUUGUCUGAGCCUGAGCCUGCAUUGGGAGGGUCUGAUGUUUCUGGGACUGCUUCUGGAACUGCUGCUGUGUCUCCUGAGAUAGGAGGGAAAAACGAGGUUGACGACGAGUCUGGCGAUAAGGACGAGGACAAGGAUAGCGAGGACGAAGACGACGAAGAAGAAGAGGAGGAAGAGGACAAGACAAAAACAACUGCAACCGAGCAAAUUGCGAGGGGAAUCAUCCCUGAGGAGGAGGAUUCAGAUGAUACCGAUGCGGAUACUGUCUACGAGACUGAGAUUGCGAGGAUGGAAGUCCCCGGCGCCAAGGACAAGGAGGCCAGGAGGAGGAGUGAUAAAAGCGACAGCGAGACCGAGAGCGUGAACUGGGAGGUGCUUGAGCGGACAGAGGAGCAAGAGCCAAGGGAUCAGGAUACUGAAGAUUCCACAGCCCUCCUCCUCGCCCGCCUCGAGCAAGAAAACAACCUCCUAGCUACAAACCCGAAAUCUGGUCUCGCGCGAGCACAAGCAGAACAACGCAUGCAGCGACGCCCACCGUCUAUGCAGCAGCUAAAACAGAUGGUUAAUGCGCCCUCGCCUCCAGCGCUGCGGUAUUCCUUACUUCCCGCACCCGCGAUGACGGACCUCGAGUUCUACGCCGCGGUGGUGCAGGAUUACAAGCGCACUGCGCAGCGACUGCCGACGCUGCUGUCCAAGAAGAUCCGUGCGGGUAUCCCGCCGCCGCUGAGGGGCGUGGUGUGGCAGAGCAUGUCUGGUGCAAGGGACCUGGCGCUCGAGGAGGAAUAUGAGCGUCUAUGCGGGGGCUCGAGUCCGUAUGAGGGGAUCAUUGGGAAGGAUCUCGGGCGCAGCUUUCCGGGGGUGGAGAUGUUUCGCGAUCCGAAUGGGGAGGGACAGAGGAUGUUGGGGAAGGUACUGAGGUGCUUUAGUUUGUACGAUCCUAAGAUUGGGUAUUGUCAGGGUCUGGGGUUCCUCGUGGGGCCGCUGUUGAUGCAUAUGGGCGAUACCCAGGCGUUUUGUAUAUUAGUGCGAUUGAUGGAGAACUACGACCUCCGAAGCUGCUACCUCCCCGACCUCUCCGGUCUGCACGUGCGCAUCUUCCAGUUCGGCGAACUGCUCAAACGCCACCUCCCCGCCCUCGCUGCGCACCUCGAUCACCUCCAAAUCGAACCCGCAUAUGUCUCGCAAUGGUUCCUCUCCUUUUUCGCCGUCACCUGUCCCCUACCGAUGCUCUUUCGCAUCUACGAUGUGAUUUUCGCCGAGGGUGCCUCGGAGACCAUGAUGCGUGUCGCGCUCGCCGUGAUGCGCAAGAACGAGGAGCGUAUCACUGCUUGCGCCGAGUUUGAGGACGUCAUGCAGUUGCUUCUGUCCCGCGGACUCUGGGAUUGCUAUCGCAUGGACGCCGAUGCCUUCGUUAACGACUUUGUCAGCUUGACUGGCACGAUCACAAAUGACCUCCUACAGUCGCUCGAGAGGCGAUACAGCGAGAGCCAGGAGAGCGGCAAGGCACCCGCCCACUCCGCUGAUAUCGUAUCAGCGGGUUCCCGCUUCCUGGGGCGCAUGUGGAACUCCUCGUCGAAGAGCAUGACACUCAACCCUGCGACACUGGCGCCGUACCGGCGCGCAGGCAGCUUCUUGAGGAAAUCGACGAGCAAGCAGAGUAUGUCUACUCUUGGGUCAGGGGAGGGGAGCACAGAUAGCUCGACGACCGAAGCGACGUCGCGGGGAUCGUCGCAGUCGGACGGCGCGUCGGUGCGGGUGCCGUCUACGGUUCUCUCGGCGGCGGUGGGGAGCCAGAAGGCGCUAGCGAGUAGUAACAAGAGUUUAAAUGGGCAGAUUGAGGAUUUACUCCUCGCGCUGAGCGAAAUGCAGAGGGAACAGGCUAUGCUGGCUACGAGGCUGCAGAGGGAGAGGGAGGAAAGGGAGGAGGACCGCGUGGCGGUUAGGCUGCUGCUUGACGUGUUGAAGAAGAAUGGUAUGGAGGCUGAGGGGGAGGAGACGGAGGGGGAGUCCCCUGAGGAUACGACGACCGAGGACGGUGGGAAGGAGAGUGAAGAGGGCACGGAGGGGUCGAAGCAUGAUUCCCCGAUGGAACACACUGAGGCUUCGUCUUCUGUUGGUGCGACGUCUAGUACGACUGAAUUAUCACCCACCGAAACCGAAGAAUCCACAUCAACACAACCUUCUUCAACUCUUCCUCCACCCGAAUCAUCCCCCCAAGACUCAGACGAGCAAUCACCCGGCGGAACACCCGCGCACAUUUCCCUCGCCAUCGCCGCCGCCUCGGGCCCCGCACCCUCAACGCCCAGUAUCCCUGCCCUCCUCGCAACUCUCUCACACCGCUUCUCCACCCCCUCGAACCGCGACUCCGCGGUCCUCCAAUCCAAAGCCCAACUCCGUGCUGACCUCGCCCACGCCAAGGGACAGUUGGGGAUGGAAGUCUCCAAGAACCAGGACCUGGCUCGUCGAUUACUCGAUUGCGAGCGUGAGGUUAGCAAGUUAGGCGAGCAAGUGCGAGAAGGGCACGCACAUGUCCGCCAAGGCCAAGCUGAGCGAGGUCGGUUGGAGAAAGUAGUCGCAGAACUCCGCUCUCGGCAGCCGAGCGCCAGCUCCAACAACAACGACAAUGACGACGGGGAAAGAAGCGACUGGAGCCGUCGCGCCUCAGCACACAGCUCCAACGGUCUCCGCGAACUCAAACUCGGCCGGCAAAAAUCAACACGCACUCCCGCUUCCGGGCCCGGCGGGUUCGCGAAGAGGUCAAGUAGUUUGUAUACCUCCAUGCUUGCGGGGGAGGAGGAGGAGGUUCCGCCCGUGCCGUUGAGUCCGGGGGCGGGGAGUUUGCAUGCGCCUAGUUUGGCGCCGAGUUUGAGUGGCCAGAGCGGAGGGGGAGGGGCGGAUAACGAUGCGUUGAUUUUGGAGCUUGUGCAGGCGAAGACGGCGGAGGCGACGGCGAGGCAGGAGGCGGAGGAGGCGAGGGGGAAACUGGAGGCGUUGAGGAGGAUGAUUAGUGGGAAUGGUAAUGGUGGUGGUGGGAAUGGAGGGGGAGGGUCGCCGUUGGAGAGGCAGGUUAGUCAGGGAGCGAGGAGUGGGGGUGGGACGCCGCCUGCUGCGACGGCGGCGGCGACGGGAGGGGGGUUUUGGGGGUGGGGGAAGAGGAGUGCGAGUUUGGCGGGGUUGCCGGGGGAGAAGUAG